UAUUGGGAGCGGGCUGGGUAGAAGGGCCCGGGAGGCGCGACUCUUGGUGGAGUAGGCGGCUUCGUGGGACGGCGAGGGCCGGUGCGGGCUCGUGAGGCUGCGGAGCCGGCGGGGUCCAGGACAGAAGUCACCGGAGCCACCCCUGGACGCCGGGCAGCCGAGAAGCCCGAGGCGGCCUCCGCCACUGCUCGGCUUCGCCCACCUCGACCCCCGGGCUUUGCCCCGUGUUCCCGGGCCGCAAAAACCGGCCCGGUGCAGGCGGGCGGUGGCGGAGGAUGCUGCGGGGCCCGGAGCCGAGAGGAACGUCCUGACCCAGCCCUCUGAUUGCGCCUCGAGGUGUUCCGAGAGGCCCUUCCUCGGCCCCAAAGCCGACAGCGGGUAAAGGCUGCAAGAGCAGGCGAGAGCAGCAGACGCCGCCCAUCCCUGGACCCAACACCAUGUCGUCCGCCAGGUUUGAUUCUGCAGACCGCUCUGCCUGGUACAUGGGACCAGUGUCUCGCCAGGAGGCGCAGACCCGUCUCCAGGGCCAGCGCCAUGGCAUGUUCCUAGUCCGGGACUCCUCUACCUGCCCCGGGGACUAUGUACUGUCCGUGUCCGAGAACUCGCGUGUCUCGCACUACAUCAUCAACUCCCUGCCCAACCGCCGCUUUAAGAUCGGGGACCAGGAGUUUGAUCAUUUGCCGGCCUUGCUGGAGUUCUACAAGAUCCACUACCUGGAUACUACCACCUUAAUCGAACCAGCGCCCAGGUAUCCAAGUCCACCCAUGGGUUCUGUCUCAGCGCCCAACUUGUCUGCAGCAGAAGAAAAUGUGGAGUAUGUGCGGACUCUGUAUGACUUUCCUGGGAACGAUGCUGAAGACCUACCCUUUAAAAAGGGUGAGAUUCUAGUGAUAAUAGAAAAGCCUGAAGAACAGUGGUGGAGUGCCCGGAACAAGGAUGGCCGGGUUGGAAUGAUUCCUGUCCCUUACGUUGAAAAGCUUGUGAGGUCCUCACCGCAUGGAAAACAUGGAAAUAGGAAUUCUAACAGUUAUGGCAUCCCAGAACCUGCUCACGCAUACGCUCAACCUCAGACCACAACUCCUCUACCUACAGUUGCCAGUACUCCUGGGGCAGCGAUCAACCCUUUGCCAUCCACACAGAAUGGACCUGUCUUUGCAAAAGCAAUCCAGAAGAGAGUACCGUGUGCUUAUGACAAGACCGCAUUGGCAUUGGAGGUUGGUGACAUUGUGAAAGUCACAAGGAUGAAUAUAAAUGGCCAGUGGGAAGGCGAGGUGAAUGGGCGCAAAGGGCUUUUCCCUUUCACACAUGUUAAAAUCUUUGACCCUCAAAACCCCGAUGACAACGAGUGAUUGCUGUUGCCGCCCCUGCUGCUGCCUUGUUGUGCCUGUCGUAGUCUCCGUUGAAGUGGGAGGCACUCUCACAUGCAAGUCACACUGAGCUGCUGGUGGCCGGCUUUCCAUCCACUGGGUCUCCUGCACAUUUGGAAUGCCUCCAGCAGCUGCCUCUUGGCAUUUGUAUCAUAGUCAUGCUGUCAAAGAGUAGCGGUCUUAGCCUUCUUCUGGAUUGUAAACUGGAACCCUGGUGGAAGCACACAGUAGAACUGAGCACAGAAGGGUCUUCCUUCUCAUCACUGCCUCGUUUGUAUUGGAGACGGACUCUUGUGUGAGCCUGCUGACGGUCCACAUGGAGAGGGCUAGCCUCGGCAAGCUCUUGCUGUUGCUGGUCCACAGAGCAGUGGCUUUGCUACCGACUUGUUUUUCUUUGGACGACAGAGGAAGUAAACUCCAGACAGUUCUGUCCAAACUCCUGCAGUCUGGCUUGUUUCCACUUUCUUUUGUUUAGUUUUGGUUUUGGAAGACUAAUUCAUUAGAGUUGUGUGUUCUGAACAGAUUUUUAAAUAGUAGGUUGGAUUUUUGUGAUAGUCUAAGGAACAAUUUGUGUCCCUGAGCUUCCAAACUGAAGCUGCUGUACGUAACUAAAGAAUAUGAAAAAGACACCCUGAAGUAGAGGCCUUUAUCUUUUGGUUGCCACGAUACCUUGUGUGCCGUGUGGCAAACAUUGCACACACACAGCGGUCAUGGUGUGCCGUGCUGGGUGCAGCCUGGAAGCACCAGGGUGAACUACUGGUGGUCUGGGGACCCUGUGGCUGUCUGUCACUGUUGCUACCGACAGAAGCAGAAAGGGUGGAGCGCUUGGUCAGUUCUGUCUCGCGUUUGAGUAAGUACACCCCCUUUAAGAACUCAAGUGAGUCAUCACAGAGUCCUGUCAGCUCUUCCUGUCCAGACCCAGCCUGUCCAGGCAGCUUGAAAGUGGUAGUCCUGUCUGGUUCCACAGCCUAAGUGGAACAGAACACAGUGCUCCUAAACCAAGAAAAUGCAGCCUCUGGAACCCUUAACCCAUAUACCAUGAGCCAACAACAUGCAAGCCAGCUGGUACAAAUGUGUGGGCCCCUCAUCUGCACGUGGCAACCCUGAGUUCUAGAACCUUUCUGUAGUAUGCUCUGUUUCAGCUGGACCCUGAUGAGGACACGCCUCCACACAGAACUCCAAGCAGACCGAGAAAUGUAGCAGUGACUUAGUGAGCAGCUCCAUCGUUUACAGACAGCUGUAACUGUGGCCCUGGCUCUGGAGGCUCUUAGGCUGUGAGAACUAAUGAAUACACUCAGCAGACAAAAACUAACACAAGCAUUUGUCCACUAUAUUUAUUUCUCUUCAAGACUUUUUUUUUAAUUUUGUGUAUAUUGGGCAUGGUGGCACACACCUUUAAUCCCAGCGCUCAGAAAGGCAGAGGCAAGCAGAUCUCAGAGUUCAAGGCUAGCCUGAGUUCAAGGCUAGCCUGGUCUGUGUAGUGUGUUACAGGACAACCAGGCCUACAAAGAGAGACUGUUUCAGAAACACCCCCUGUAAAGGUGUGUGGGUGUUUUGCCUGCAUGUAUGAAUGUGCAUCACAUGGGUGCGGUGUCUUAAGGAGGCAGGAAGAGAGGGUUGGAUCCUCUGGAACUGGAGUUACUGUGUGGGUGCUAAGAGUCGAACCUGGGUCCUCUGUAAGCGCAGCAAGUGCUCUUAGCUGCUGAGCCAAUCCUUGAGCCCCACCAGCUUCUCUUUAAAUCAGGCUGAGAAAGUGCCAUAUUUAAGAAUGUUCAUGUGACAAAAUGGUCAUUUGGGCUUUGGGGUAUUAUCAUGUCUCCCUGUCUGUGGCUUUCCAGAAAAAAGUGGUAAAGGUCAACUUUUUCCAUCUCUGAAAGCUACCGUUUUUUAGCCAGAUCUGUUGAGUGGGCCCCAAACUCUGCCUACAACAAUACUUGCCUUCUGGCUAGUGACCCAGUUCAGCCCUAGGCCUUUUGAUACCUGUGCUGAAUACAUGCCUUGUUCACAGAGGACAACCCCUGAGGAAUCAUUACUGGGGCUUGAACCUCUUGCCUUACACAUGCUAGAGAAGCCCUCUACCACUGAGCUCUUUCUUAAAUUUUGAGAUGGGAUCUCCAUAAAAUGCCCAUGCGGGCUUUGACUUUUUCAUCCCAGCCUCGGCUGAAAUUUGAGUCACCACACCCAGCUUUUAAGGUCUUUUAAAAACUACGUUUAACUGAAGGGCUUGGUGCCUUUUGAUGAUAGCAGCAUGCUUAGUGCAGGCAGCCAUUUUUGAGAACAGGAUUUCCCUCCUCAAGUCUGUUGACCAGCAAGACUCCAUGUAGAUUCAGGAUCAGAAUGUCCCAUAAGCCUGGGGUUUGGUUUAUGAAAUCAGUUAAUUUGGCCCAUGUAGUUGUUUCUACAGCUCUCUGAAAUCCAGAGCUGGAAAUAAAGACUUAAGUUCUGAACUCUCAGGAUAUGUGCCGAAAGUAGUAAUUUCCUUUCCUGACUUAAAAGCUCAUCAGUUUCUUAAUCAGGAAAAUUUUCCUUUUCACACUGAUAGAAAGUGGCAUCUUGCCUAGGUCCCACUCUUGUGGGAAUGUGAUCCAGGGGUGGCUCUCCUUCCGUGGCCGGCAUUGUCCCAUGGUCUGCUCUGCUGUGUUGUAGAAAGUGCUGGGAUGACAACCCACUCACUGUGGCUGUUGUGCUGAGAAGGACUCAGUCAGGUAGUCAGGGCAUAGACCGCUAGGUUAGAGUCCGUUUCCCAGGCAGGACCUCCCGUGCUGAAGGCGCCUGUCACCCCUGCGCUGCUCUGACACACCUGUUGCAGGUCAUCCAGACUCAGAACCCUGUGCUCUCCGGCAGAGACUCUGUGCCCUCCCUUGGAGUUGCAGGUUCCUGGCACUGUGCCAGCCUUCCUCUACAGCUGUUUACAGACAAGAUGGGCCAAGACUGAUGGCCACUGCUCUUGGAACUUUUGCUCAGAAGAAUAAUGAGCUUUUUUUUUUUUAAAGGGAUGAUGUGUUUUUGUUCCAGGUGUUUAUAAUUUAAUCUUUUAAUAUUAUGUUCAUUAACAUCUUAAAAUGAGUGGAUUCUUGAUUGUUUUAACACAGUACCUAAGACUAAUGCUUUCUGUGGACUCCUCACCAUGGGACCAGAGAACCACAUCCCUGGUAACUGCUGUGAGCGUGGACACUGAGCUGCUUGUAUAUUCUAGAAGAGCAGGAGGACAGUUCUCUGAGACAGGAGGAACAGUGGCCUUGCUUCUAGACGGUCUUCACUGUGUGUUUUAAAACGACAUAAAACUCUUUUGACGUGUAUAACUUAAAGAUCAUAAGUGUCAGGCAAUAAUAUUUUCUGUGUAAGCUUUUAAAAUUAUUUUUGGGGAUCAUAGCUUGUUUUAUUUUGUGCUAUAAAAUUAACAGUAUUAAAUGACUUAUAUUCUUAGAAUACAUUGAGUGUCUUUUCUUAACAGAUUAGUGCCUUUUUAUUUUUGUAUUCCAUUUUACGUUACUGGUCCCAGCAUCAAAGCCCUUGUUUCCAUGGCCUGUUUGUACAUUGUCUCAAUAAAACUUGCACCAGCUGGCGGUGGCAGCAGC